AUGUCGUUCAUUUACGAGUUACCGACGCCAGGAAUGGUCAACUUCUAUCAUCUACUCACAGAUCCCACCGGGUCACGCACAGGUCAACUCGCGGCUGCCAACGCUUCGAGGGCUGCCAUGAGAACCACACUGAAGGAAUGCAAGCGAUCUGUGGGCCCGAUCAAUUGGGUCAGGGUAGUGAGGGCUCUUGAAGAUUACCUGCCCCACCUUCUUGGUAUCAUGAAGUCACUCGAGAUAGACGAUCUUCUGAUGCCUAAUGAAGUUGUCUUUAGUUGGAGAUCGACCUUGUCAUCACGUAGGCUGAAAUCGGCCCCCAGAAUAUCCCUAUCGUCUUUUCAUUACGAAUUGGCCUUUGUUCUGCUCACGCUCGCUUUUGCGCAUUCGAAUACCGCAGAAACUACUAUUGCAUCCAUUGGUCAAUAUGAACUGGGUAGUGAAACUGAUCGACGAGCGGGCGAUGAAAAACUCACCACGGCUGUUGACGCACUUUGCCGUGCCAGCGGUAUUUUUGAUUACCUUAGCAGUCAGACAAUUCCCAAUUGGGAAGCAUCUCAGCCUGAAGGCGGUCGGCUCUUGCGCCAAUCUCGUCCCCCGGAGCUGUCCAGUGAGCUUACUGCCGGUCUGGCUAAGGUAUCGUUGGCCGAUGCCGAAAGGCUUGCUGUUCGGCGUCUUUUGUCAAGAUCAGUCAUGGAACAUCACACAACUCCUGGCGCAGGGCUUCCCAAGUCUCAUCCCUCACCCGGUCUUCUAGCCAAAUUGCAAUUGAACAUCCACACGCUUUAUUCUGGUGCCUUUGACUCGCUGUCACUAGUCAUCUCUGGCUCGGGAGCUAAUGCGGAGGUAUCAGGGGCAUUCCGAGACUAUUUGCGUGACGGUCGUCAAUUUUCACUUGGCUUAGGGUACAAAUGGCUUGGGAUCGAUGCAGGAGAGCAAUCCAGUCGAUACGCGGAAGCGGUUGGUUGGCUUAGUCUUGCACGUGAGAGCUUAAAAGCUGUUGGUGGAGGGGGGCGGACUAUGGUUGUUGUGAGGAAUGGUGCAAUUAAAAGUGAACGAGCACGUAAGAAGGGAAAGACAGAACAUGAGUUGGAUGAAGUAGACAGGUUCAUGAAGGCUUACGAGCAAAUAAACCGAACGAUUGUUGUCAUCAUGAAGGUCACGUUCGAGGCAGUACCAUCCUCUGGAAGUCUACUAUCGCGCGUUCCAGGAGGCAGAGCUGCCCUCAGCCCGCGCGCCUAUACACUGCCAACAGCCUUGCAGCGCGAUUUUGGAUCAAACUAUACCCCCACGUCCGGUGAUAUAGCGGAGAGUGACGAGGAAGAGGAAGGGGGUGGUGGGGUGGAUCCCCAAUAUGCACUCCGAGAUUACUAUUACUGA